CGAAGGGAUAGCGUCCAUGGACUCAAUACGUGAGGAACUGAACUAUUUUCCCAGCAAAGCCGACUCAUUUCAUCGCAGAUUUCGUUCUCCCCAAGAGUUACGCGAAGAACGGGAGGAGGUGGACGAGAUUCGGCAAAAUGUUCGUCAUGCUAUGAAAGAAGCGAGACGCAAAAUGUCGAACUUACGCCAUGACGCCGAGGCAAARGAUAGGCUGCUAUCAGAAGAGCAAAGACUCCGCCAGCAGCUUGAACGAGAUCUUUCUGAAAAAUCAGAGGAAUUAUUACGAGAAAAAUCCAAGAAYUUGAGGAGUUCUGGUGGAGGAAGACCUCUUGAGGGGAGAUACUCUCCUCUUGAUUAUUCAAGRGAUUAUGRUGGAAGUGGCUAUCUUCAAGAUGAAUUAGAUGCAUCGAAAACUCUCAAUUAUCAGCUCACAGAAAGACUUGCUGAUGCUGAUGCUGAGAUUCAAGCAGCAAGGAUGACUCGUGAUGGUUUACUUAGCAAAGCUGAAUCCAGAAUUGCAGCUCAAGGAGCAGCCCUCAUCGAUAAAAUUUAUCGAGCUCAAAAAGAAAGAGAUGUAGCUGUUAGUGCAAGACUACAGUUGGCCAAAGAUGAAAAAGAAGAUCUCCUGGCAAGAAUGAGGAGACUCGAGAAGGAACAAGCAGGAUUUGACUCAGGUGUAGACUCAGUGUAUGACGAUGAUAUUGAUGCUGAUCAGUCAAUCCAAGCUCUAUUGGACCGAAUAACAGCAUCUCAAAGUCCCAAAUCAAUAGACAAACAAGGAACAAUUAUUGCAGACAAAAUCAAAUCAGUACAGAAAACCAAACAKAGAGCWAUGGGAGAAGAACUCAAGUCCGUCAUAGAGGAAAGAGAUGAAGCUGUUUCCAGGGUACAAUUGCUUGAAGAAGAAGUAAAUAAGCUAAAAAGAGAAUUGGAAAUGGUAAAAAGCCAAUUUAAACUGGCUGAAAAGCAUAGAGUUAAAUCUACACAGGCUCAACUCUUGUCAUCACAACACGAAAGAGAUGCCUCAGUAAGAAAAACUAAACGACUUGAGGAAGAACUUGAAACUAUUCGCGUAUAUUACAGCUUACAUAGAUCACUCACCCAAGAGCAAAAUUUAAGAGAUCAGUUUAACAGUACCAUGGACAACUUUGAAGGACGUUUGCGGUCACGUGAGAGUGAGCUAGUGCUUGCACAGCGUUCCUACGAYGACCUUGUUGCUAAGUUACGGUCUGUAUCAACAGAAAGAAACACACUGUCAGGCCAACUCCAAGAGUCAAACAAAAACUACCAGCAGGAAAAGCAGAGAGCUGAUAAGCUUGAGAGACUAGUUGGUGUCCUAAGGAAGCGUAUUAAUACAGGAGCAACAAGUGUUGAAACUAUCAAUUAACUUAUUACCUCUUCACACAUGUUCACGUACAUGUAUACCUUAUUCUGAGAACAUUUUGUAUACUGGCUCUGUKGUU